AUGGCUUCCAAAGCCACAGACGAAGGCGCCAAGCUCAUUUUCGCUCCAGCAGGGAGAGAAGCCCAGGGCCAAGCAGAGCAGUUCACCAAAGGCUUCCUCACCCGGUCCAACCUGGAUGCGACGUCGCCCAUCCGCCAAUUCCACGCCUGGUUCGCGCAGGCGCAGCAGUCUGACCUCGUCGCGCAUCCAGAGACAUGCUGUCUCUCAACGGCAGCGCUGCCAUCCGGUCGGGUAUCCUCCCGCGUGGUCUAUUUGAAGGAGCUGGAUGCGCGCGGCUUCGUCAUCUACAGCAACUUCGGCACGAGCCGCAAGGCCGCCGACUUGGCUACCAACCCCUGGGCCAGUCUGACCUUUUGGUGGGAGGGUGUGGAGCGCCAAGUCCGUAUCGAGGGGAAGACGGAGCGGAUGACGCGCGAGGAAAGCCAGAAGUACUUCGAUACGAGGGUGAGGGGCAGUCAGAUUGGGGCAUGGUCUAGUCGGCAGAGUCAGGUUCUGCGGCCUGGGGAAGGAGCGGACGAUGGAAGGAACGAGCUUGAGGGCUGGGUCAAGGAGACCGAGGAAAAAUUCAGAGGCAAGGAGAACAUCCCCGUUCCUGAGUUCUGGGGUGGGUUGCGGGUGAUUCCAGAAUUGCUCGAGUUUUGGCAGGGCCGAGAAAGCCGAUUGCAUGAUCGGUUUGUCUACACCAAGAAACAAGACGGUGAAGGGUGGGAUUUGGAGAGGUUGAGCCCAUAG